GCAAAAAGGUCCCAAAAAGAUAAAGAAAAGAAGAAGUAUCUGAUUCGCCGGAGUUUCGUGGCGUUUCUUCCCGAUUCUCGGAUUUUUCCUGUGAAAUCAAAAUCGGAAGAGAAUCGAAAUAGAGGGUAAGGUAUGGCUCCUCAUGGUGACGGAUCAAGUGACAACGACAAACCUAACGCUGCUCAAUCGGAUAGUACUCGACCGAUCUCCACGGUCGUCUUCGUCAUCGCUAUGCAAGCGGAGGCUCUACCUUUGGUCAACAAGUUCGGACUCUCUGAAACUACUGAUUCUCCGCUUGGUAAAGGACUGCCCUGGAUUCUGUAUCACGGCGUUCAUAAUGAUCUUCGUAUCAAUGUAGUUUGCCCCGGAAGAGAUGCAGCUUUAGGGAUUGAUAGUGUUGGAACUGUUCCAGCUUCUCUCAUUACUUUUGCUUCUAUCCAAGCUUUACAACCUGACAUUAUUAUCAAUGCUGGUACCUGCGGUGCCUUCAAGGUCAAAGGAGCCAACAUAGGCGAUGUUUUCCUUGUAUCUGAUGUCGUCUUCCAUGAUAGAAGAAUACCAAUCCCGAUGUUUGAUCUGUAUGGAGUUGGACUUCGUCAGGCAUUCUCGACACCCAAUCUCCUCAAGGAACUCAAUUUGAAGAUUGGUAGGUUAUCUACUGGUGACUCCUUGGAUAUGUCCACGCAAGAUGAAUCAUUGAUCAUUGCCAAUGAUGCUACGCUAAAAGACAUGGAGGGUGCUGCUGUGGCAUACGUGGCUGAUCUUCUGAAAGUACCAGUCAUGUUCCUCAAAGCCGUUACCGAUCUAGUCGACGGAGAUAAACCUACCGCAGAAGAAUUCUUGCUGAACUUGACAGUUGUGACCUCUGCACUAGAGGAAAAGGCCACUAAAGUGAUCAACUUCAUCAAUGGGAAAAACCUUUCAGACCUUUAACUUUUGUUUUCUUCUUUUAUCCACCGUGAUUUUUCUUGCAAUGCAUUUUGUUGCAUUUUCACUGAUUCACCGGUGAUUUUAUUACUCGAUAAUACACUUCAAAUUUUAAGACGUCCUCGCUCUUAAUUGUUAUCAAAAUACACUUUGUUUUCCGGA